AUGCCUAUCUUUCAAAAUCCCAAAAGUCGGCGGUUCUACGACCUUUGGGGCGAUGACCAGCACAUGGCUCAGGAAGCCUCUCAGCCAGAUUCCAGCUGGUUGGACUACCGUGCGGCCAAAUUUCAAUCAUUAGGCCAGAGGGAAAGCUUCUUCCACGGGCGCCAUUCUGAAAGCCCCAGCCCGGCAAGAUUGCGUCCGCAUGAUCGAGAGGAAUUGAUACAUUAUAUCAAAGCUGCAGAGACUACGAAAUGGUCGCAGUAUAGCUCGUCCGGAGACAGAUCCGACCACCACGUGCUUCUUACCCCGGAAAGAACUUCAGUUCCGAACGAACGAGAUGAUCAACCUUUUCGAGAUUGCCACUCAGAGCUUGCAUCACCAGCCGAAAUAGAGCGGCCUCGUUCGGCUCUUCAUUCGGGUGAUUUCCGAGAAGGAACACCUCAACUCGAGCGGCAGCAGCAAUUGCCGCAGUCACCAACACCUGACCGGAGUGCCAACAUUGGGAUCCCUUUCUUCGCCUCGUCCCCUACAACGCCAUGGUUCGCCGCUCCCUCGUUCCCGUGCCGCACGCAAACCGCUCCGCUACAAGCUCGAGAAGCGAUAGUCAACGAGGAAAAUCGUGCACCUGCGCCAUCGGUUGGAUCAUUCUCGUCUAGCUAUGUCCUCAAGGCACCAACCAGCCCUCUAGUCCAUCAAGCGAAUAACACCGACUUGGAUUUCUCCCCUCGGUCAGACUCCGAGCAUCGUCGAGCAUUGUUUGACAAGUCAAAUCGUAGGAGGACCCUUCCGCCUGACACUUUCAGAGACCUGCAGGCAGGCUCUAUUAAGUUUGGAACGAGCCGUCCGACAAGAUGGGAUACUUUCCCCAGCCAUUCCCAGUCAUCUCAUCGGCCUCUGGCUUCCUCUUACAGCCUUCAACUUGCGUCGUCAACUCAUGGGUACUCCCCGCGGACUCGAAGACCAUCACUCUCGUCCGAGUUAUCUGGUAGGCCUCACGCUCCGAUGGUUGGUUCGUACGAGGAGUCGAUACUCCGCGGGAGAAUGUCGACUUGCCCGUCCAAACCUUUGGACUUUACUGCGCAAAUCGGUGUUUUGGGCAAGAGUAAAGGCAAAGCGAGCCUCAAAUGUCCUCCGCAUGUCACCGUUCCAUUCCCUGCGGUAUUCUACAGCUACCCGACCUCUGGCAAUGGGCGUACAAUCUCUGACGAUAGUCCCAGCCCUUAUGUUGGAAUGAUUGACCUUGAGAACUCGCUGCCGAAGGAAACUUCAAGCCAUAGUCGACGCCGUAGACGCCAUCAAGACCCAGUCGAUAACUGCAACAAUCAUUAUACCGAGGACGCUAUGUCGGCAAAGCACAAUGAACAAGAAGUUAUUCGCAGAAGAGAGAAGAGGCACCGAAGGACAGAGUCCCCAAGGGCUCCUCCGGGUGGUUGCUAUCGGAUUCCACAGCAAGGCCAACUACAGGUCAUGAUCAAGAACCCUAACAAGACUGCUGUCAAACUAUUUCUUGUUCCCUAUGAUUUGUCCGACAUGGAACCAGGGACCAAGACAUUCAUCCGACAAAGAAGCUACUCGGCCGGUCCGAUCCUCGACAUGCCUUUGUCUGCUCGCUCAAAUUACGGCACCGAUCGCCCUGAAGCGUCCUUGACGAACUCCGAUGACCCGAAUGACAAACCAGUUCUGCGGUACCUGAUUCAUUUGAACAUUUGCUGCCCGUCAAGAGGGCGUUACUAUCUCCACUCAAGCAUUCGCGUUGUAUUCGCUAACCGGGUGCCUGAUGGCAAAGAGAAACUCCGAAAUGAGAUUCAGCAUCCUGAGCCACGUUACUCGCCCUACAAAGUAUGCCGCGACUCUAACUCGUUACGCGUAAGUUCAAGGUGCCGCGUAGACAAAGGGGACCGGAGAGCGUCCCCUCGCCGCGCCUUUGAUGAGCGUCCACCUCACCCAUUCCGGCCUAUUCCCUCUAUCCGAGGUGAUCUCGUCGGGCUGGACACUCUACACUCGACUCCGACUUCGCCUUCUGAAUCGAAGCUUUACAAUAAGCUCAGCAGGGGAGACGCAGGAUAUGGCGGCUAUCAGUCGCCUUCGAUCGCGAGUCCUGAAGGCGAAAGCCUGCUCGCCAGAAAGCUUCGAGGACUCGAUGUCCAGAAGCCCGACGCUUCUUCCGGGAAGCACCUAUUGUAA